AUGCCUCAUGCCAAUGGCACCCUAAACGGGUCCGUCGACGGCGCUGAGAAACAGAUUCGCAUCAAUCUGUUGGGUAAGGAAAGCAUCAUAAUCGAUUUUGGUUUAUGGAAUAAUUUUAUUGCCAACGACUUAAUUUCCACUCUGCCAUCCUCGACAUAUGUCCUGAUCACCGACACAAACAUUGGUAAACUAUACACAAAAUCCUUCUCGGAGUCAUUUCACAAUGCAUCAUCAGGCACCUCAAGACUGCUCACACUGGAGAUUCCACCCGGCGAAAGCUCGAAAUCACGGCAAACAAAAGAUGAGAUAGAAGACUGGCUGCUGAGCCAAAGUCCGCCAUGUGGUCGGGAUACAGUCAUCAUUGCCCUAGGCGGUGGUGUCAUUGGCGACUUGACGGGCUUCGUUGCGGCUACUUACAUGAGAGGCAUUCGAUUUGUCCAGGUCCCUACUACACUGCUGGCCAUGGUAGACUCAUCUAUCGGCGGCAAGACAGCUAUCGACACUCCUCUGGGCAAAAAUCUGGUCGGAGCAAUAUGGCAACCCCAACGCAUUUACAUUGACCUCGACUUUCUGGGCACCUUACCUCCUCGAGAAGUCAUCAAUGGUAUGGCAGAAGUGAUCAAGACCGCUGCCAUCUCUGAUGAGAACGAUUUUGCCGACCUCGAAGAGAACGCCAAUAUCAUCAUGACGGCAAUUCGAGCAGAUUCUAGAGCUGGUGCCAGCAGAUUCAGGCACAUAGAGCACAUACUCAAGAAAAUCAUCGCUGCUUCGGCACGAUUCAAGGCACAUGUUGUGACAAUUGACGAAAGAGAAACUGGACUACGGAACCUCCUGAAUUUCGGACACUCCAUUGGUCACGCAAUUGAGGCUUUCCUGACACCUCAAGUGUUGCAUGGAGAGUGCGUUGCCAUUGGCAUGGUCAAGGAAGCCGAACUCGCUAGGUACCUUGGUGUGCUGAAAGGCAAUGCCGUCGGUCGCCUUCAGAAAUGUCUAACCUCUUACGGUCUGCCUACCCGUAUGGACGACGACCAAAUUCGAAAGCUCACUGGUGGGAAGAGAUGCACCGUCGACGGUUUACUGAAAAAGAUGGGCGUCGACAAGAAGAACGAAGGUGCAAAGAAGAAAAUCGUACUUUUGUCAGCCAUUGGCCGCACGUACGAGCAGAAGGCCAGCAUCAUCGCGGACAAAGACAUCAAAGUCACAUUGUCUCCCAGUAUUGAAGUCAGUCCUGGCGUUGCAAAGGGGCUCAACAUCACAUGCACACCACCAGGCAGCAAGAGUAUAUCCAAUAGGGCGCUUGUACUUGCGGCACUCGGCUCAGGAACCUGCAAAAUUCGGAACCUUCUUACGUCGGCUGACACUGAGGUAAUGCUAGCUGCUCUGACUCAACUGGGAGCUGCAACGUUCUCCUGGGAGGAUGAUGGUGAAGUGCUUGUUGUCAAUGGCAACGGCGGUCAAAUGAAGGCCAGCAAGAACGAACUGUAUCUAGGAAAUGCUGGCACAGCUGCACGCUUCCUCACGACUGUAGCUACCCUAGCGCGACCUGACAAAGUUGACGCUACCGUUCUUACCGGUAAUGCCAGGAUGAAGCAGAGGCCAAUCGGUGACCUCGUUGAUGCACUUUUGGAGAAUGGCGCUGACAUGAAAUACCUUGGAACAUCAGGGUGUCUUCCAUUGAAUGUGACUGCAUCCGAAGGCUUCGCUGGCGGCGAGAUUCGUCUGGCAGCAAAAGUAUCGUCACAGUAUGUGUCCUCGCUGCUGAUGUGUGCUCCUUAUGCCAAACAGCCUGUUACCCUCAAGUUGGUCGGAGGUAAGCCAGUAUCUCAACCAUACAUCGAUAUGACAACAGCCAUGAUGGCGGCAUUUGGUGUGAAGGUGCAGAGGUCGAGCACAGAAGAGCAUACUUACCAUAUCCCUAAUGGUCAAUACCAGAAUCCUUCCGACUAUACAAUUGAAAGUGAUGCAAGCUCUGCAACAUAUCCAUUAGCUAUCGCCGCCAUUACCGGAACGACAUGCACGAUACCAAACAUUGGAUCAGAUUCGCUCCAAGGCGAUUCUGCCUUUGCUGUGGAUGUACUGAAGCCGAUGGGAUGCUCAGUAACUCAAACAGCAACCUCAACAACUGUCGUCGGACCACCAAAUGGUGCGUUGCAGCCGUUGCCAAAUGUCGAUAUGGAAUCAAUGACAGAUGCUUUCUUGACAGCUUCCGUACUCGCGGCCAUCGCACAUGGAAAUGACUCCUCGACCACUCGAAUAUAUGGUAUUGCUAACCAGAGAGUCAAAGAGUGCAACCGCAUACAAGCAAUGGAAGAUGAACUAGCGAGAUUUGGUGUCAAAUGUCGACAAUUUGACGAUGGGAUUGAGAUUGAUGGCAUCGACCGAACGAAACUCCAGCGUCCACUUGACGGUGUCCACUGCUACGAUGACCACAGGGUCGCGAUGUCGUUCAGUGUACUUGCACUUGCAGCUCAGCGACCUACACUGAUUCUAGAGAAGGAAUGUACAGGCAAGACUUGGCCCGGAUGGUGGGACACCAUGUCUCAGCUUUUCAAGGUCGAUCUUGAAGGCAGAGAACCAGCAGAUCUUCCUCUUCUUGGACCAAAGCGAGUUGAUCGACGGGAUGCCUCGAUCUUCAUCAUUGGCAUGAGAGGUGCUGGCAAGACCACGACUGGCAGAUGGGCCGCCAAAUCUCUAAACAGAAAGCUCAUUGACCUUGACACAGAGCUUGAAGAACGAGAGAAGCGCUCGAUACCUGAUAUAGUUCGGCAAGACGGCUGGGAUGAGUUUCGCAACAAAGAGUUGAGAGUACUUAAAGCUGUUAUGAAGGAAAACGCGACGGGACACAUUCUCGCCUGUGGUGGUGGCAUAGUUGAGAUGCCAGAAGCACGACAUCUGCUUGUCGAUUGGCACAAGAAAAAUGGAAAUGUCCUACUCGUCCAAAGAAACAUCCAACACGUAAUGGAUUUUCUGCAAAUCGAUAAGACACGACCUGCAUAUGUCGAAGACAUGAUGGGCGUGUGGCUUCGACGUAAGCCAUGGUUCGAAGAAUGCAGCAACAUCCUUUAUUACAGUCAAAGAACACCUAAUGACGAUCUAUCCCGUGCUGCGGCAGACUUUGACCGAUUCUUACGGAUGCAGACAGGAAGGAUCGAGAGUCUCAGCACGAUCAAGGACAAAUCGCAGUCCUUCUUCGUGUCUUUGACAUUCCCGGACCUACGUCCAUACAUUGACUUGUUACCAGAAGUCUGUCUGGGAUCCGAUGCUGUUGAACUGCGAGUUGACUUGCUUAAAGAGUCUGAGCAAUCUGCGACGCUGCCAUCGGUCGAAUAUGUGAUGUCGCAACUGUCAUUGUUGAGGUCGAUCGUUCCGCUCCCUGUCGUCUUCACCAUCAGAACGAGGCCACAGGGCGGGUUGUUUCCCGAAGAUGCUACCGAGCAAGCCUUGGCAUUAUACCGGCUUGCUUUCCGCAUGGGUUGCGAAUUUGUUGACCUCGAAGUGACCACAUUCCCUAAGAAUCUCCUGGACGAAGUCAAGAGUAUGGCGGAGAACUCGUAUAGUCACAUCAUCGCGUCACAUCACGAUCCACAAGGUCGUCUAGCCUGGUCGAAGAACGGCUCUUGGAUACCAGUCUACAAUCAAUGCCUACAAUAUGGCGAUAUCAUCAAGCUUAUUGGUGUUGCUACUAGUAUCGACGACAAUUUUGCACUGCGGAAGUUCAAACAGUGGUCGGCGUCACAAUAUCCCGGUGUUCCUCUCAUUGCUAUAAACAUGGGAUCCGCUGGCCAAGUCAGUCGAAUUCUGAACGGCUUCAUGACGCCAGUCACACAUCCUAGUCUACCGUUCAAAGCUGCUCCAGGACAGCUCUCUGCCACCCAGAUUAGAACAGCACUAAACUUGAUGGGUGAAAUCCAGCCAAAGCAAUUCUACCUGUUUGGCAGCCCUAUAUCAGCUAGCAAGAGUCCCUUGAUGCACAAUACUUUGUUCAAGCACAUGGGUUUGCCCCAUUUCUAUCAAGCUCAUGAGACUACCGAUGCUGCUGAUCUACCAGACAUCAUUCGAGAACCAGAUUUCGGUGGUGCGAGCGUUACAAUUCCACUGAAACUUGAUGUCAUGGCUCAUCUUGACGAGGUGGAUGAGAAUGCAAAGGUCAUCGGUGCCGUCAACACAAUCGUUCCAUUGCAGCCUAGGACAAGCCAUAAUAGCACAGAUCAAAUUAAGCUUGUAGGUUUCAACACUGAUUACCUCGGCAUGAUGGAUUGUCUGCGUACUGCUGGCGCGUCAGGACUGCUAGGAGAAGGCGUUCAAGCAGGCCUGGUCAUCGGUGGUGGUGGUACGGCUCGAGCGGCCAUCCAAACGCUGCACUCUAUGGCUUACAGUCCGAUAUACCUGCUAGGCAGAGAUGGCUCGAAGAUUUCGGCACUUGCAUCCUCCUUUCCUACUGCUUACGACGUUAUUCCACUGACAACACAAGGGUCCACCGCAAUGGACACAAUGAGCAAACGCUUCCCAAAAGUCGCAAUCGCAACUAUACCGGCGGAUAUUCCUAUUGAGCCAUCUUUGAAGACUGUCUUGGAAAGCUUUUUCUCCACAGUAGCCAACGAGGAACAAGGGCCAGGUGUAGCACGUGGAGUUCUCCUGGAAAUGGCCUACAAACCGCAGAACACUGCCUUGAUGCAAUUGGCGUCCUCUCUGGGCCAUUGGAAAACGAUUCAAGGACUAGAAACACUGGUCACUCAAGGCAUCUGGCAGUUCCUGUACUGGACCGGAAUUGACGUCCGAUCAGUUCUGACCCUGCGAGGCGGUAUGAUAGAUGGAGAGGUAGAAGACAAUGCAACCUCGAACUUGGAACAUAGUGGAGGUGAUGUGCCUGCUCAAGACGGUCCCGCUCGAGAUGGACUUGAUGACGAUGACUCCGUUCAAAGUUCGCCAGAAAUGUACCAUACCUUGACGGAGUCAGGAACAUUCACUCUAACUCCUACUGCUCCUCCUGACGAUACACCACCUCAGAUGAACGGUCAUCAACAGUACCCAGGACGACUAAGAUUACCUCGAAUCCCUUCUAUUACUCCGGUACUACAACAUGCAGGAAUCAAUAGCUCGCCGCCGCUGGAUCCCGACGCUUUGAGUGCACGUCUCGAUCGGCAGUUCAGCACGCUUGACUUCGCGAUGGGUCCAACUGUUGAUACGCCCCUGCUGGAUACUUCAGAGACUGUGGAAAGUCGUGACGACCCUCAAGAAGGUUCAAGCGGUGCGAACCGGUUAUUGAAUAUCGAUGAAGGCGAUAUCUCUUCAAUACACGGUUCGGACCUCAACAACAAGCUGUCCCGAGAUCAGCUAGCUCAGCUUCAAGCGACUAACCCUCUUCAACAGGAAUUCGUUCAGAGUGCGUUAACGCCUGAUCACCGAAGCAGUACCUCUGGCAGCAAUUUGAGUUUCUCCUGUAAGAACCAAGUACGUGCAUCCUACUCGACUCAAGGUCAAGUCAGCACAGUACCUACAAGCACUCGUAUGUUGAGCACGACCGAUACACGAUUUGGCAGCUAUUCGGAAGAUGUAACGAGACAGACGACUUGUGUGAACCCGGGAGAAGUUGACGCACGAGCGGGAGACAAGAUUGUACACGAUGAAGAUGCAGAACAAAUCAGCAAUGCCCAGGUGGAUGGGGGUGCCGCAGAAAACCCACGGUCCAGCUUGCGGUUUCGAGUACGAAGGUUAAGAGAGCGUACUUCGAGAUUGUUUCGUCGCAAUCGAACUCCUCAGCCACGAAACAUGUCCGACGUAGUCGACUUUGCAGCUACUUCAGAACCAGCAAUUACGCCGCCACAACAGCAUGAAAACGACCAGCGUGGCAGUCAGGAACGACGUCGUUCAAGUGCGAGAGAUAUCGCGAGUGAGAUUGGCGGCAGUCUACGGAACGGAAGGAACGCCACAAUGAGAUCGGUAAGACGGGUGAAGACGUCGGUCAUGGAGUUUGCCAGAAGGCAACAGAAUGUGCCUCCACCACUGGACUGA